AUGGCUGGGGAUCCCUUCCUAUCUGAUCCUUCAAAGAAGAGAAAACGCCUGAAUAAGGUAACAAGUACAACGCGGGCCAAGAAGUCUCAGUCAUCCACUCCACAACCAUCAUCCACAACUUCACAUAUAGAUGAGGAGAUUUCGAGUGCCAGUGAUACUGAUAACGAGCGGUAUGCGGAAGAUCAACGACAAGAGGACGAAUUAUCAUCAGAUGAGGAGUUCGCCGCUGAAAGUGCCGCAGACAAGCGAAGGAGACUAGCUAAGCAAUAUCUUGAAAACUUGAAAAAUGAAGAACUACGCGAUGCUGACGAUUUCGAUGCCCAAGAUCUUGACGAUGAGAUUCUAUCAAAGAGGUUGCAAGUGGAUGUAGCCGAUGCUAAAGGGCAUGUGUAUAAAUUCUGGGGUGAGAAACUUUCCCAACAAUUGGAUGGAAAAGAGCUCGAAUUGACAACAACACGUAUAGGGUCCAAUAAUGUCACUAGCAUGUGCAUACACUAUCCCUACCUAUAUACUGUUUCCAAGGAUAUCGAAAUCAUUAAAUGGAACAUAAGCCUGAACAAAAAGCCGCAAAGGAUAAAGCAUACCAAAGGUGGAUCCAAAUACUUUACGCUAAACACAGAUCAUGUUGGGUUAAAUCAUCAUUGGGAGCAGAUUAAUUGCAUUGCCGCAUCUCCUGAUGGGAAGUAUAUCGUUACCGGUGGCUCUGAUUCUCGAUUGAUUAUAUGGUCAAGUGAGAAUUUGGCAUGCUUGAAGGUGCUUCCCACCAGAUCGGCAGUCAACUCAAUUGUAUUCAGAAGAAACACUGAUCAAUUGUUUGCUGCAUGUGCUGAUUUGAGAGUAAGGACAUACUCCAUAAAUCAAUUUACCCAAUUGGAAACGUUGUAUGGUCACCAGGAUACCAUCUCUGACAUUGCCGCUUUAGCUAGAGAAACUUGUGUCUCAGUAGGAAGCAGAGAUAAAACAGCCAUGUUUUGGAAAAUUGCUGAAGAAUCAAGAUUGACGUUUCGUGGUGGUGACUCACUUGAAAAGAGAAAGAAGAAAAAAGGUAGUGAUGAAGAGACUGAAAGCAAUGAACCAUUUCACAAUGAAGGAUCGAUUGACGUGGUUUCCAUGAUUGACGAGUCCCAUUUUGUAACUGGAUCUGACAAUGGAAACAUUGCUCUUUGGUCAUUAGCCAAGAAAAAGGCCCAGAAUACUAAGAGAUUGGCACAUGGUUUGCAGCCACAAUUUCAACCAAAACAAGCAAGUGCUGAGACAGAAAUCGAUUUAGCGAGUAGGCAAAUUCCAGUUCCUCAACCGUAUUGGAUUACUGCUGUACAUGCUCCGGCUUAUAGCGACGUGUUUUUCAGUGGCUCAUUUGGCGGUAGUGUCAAAAUUUGGAAAUUGGAUGCUACUUUGAGGUCGUUUAGUUUGAUUGGCGAGGUGGAAAAUCUUCGGGGCGUCGUUGUGAAAAUAGAUAGUGUCGAGAUUCCAGAUACCAAGCAAUUGAGAGUGUUUAUUUUAUUAAGCAAAGAGCACAAAUUUGGAAGGUGGUUGAACAAAGUGUCGGGUGGAAGAAAUGCAUUAGUUAGUUUUUCAUUUAGUAUAUAA